GGGAGUUCGACGUCACGAACUUUUGCGCAGCGAAAAUUUAUGCGUUGUUGGCGCUCUCGAAGAAACUGUCAGCGUGGAAGAAAUACGAAAGGCAAAAUUACGCUUAAAUUUUGGACAUUUUGGCGAAAAGCAAAAUUCGCCGGAAUGGCGGUGGGGAAAGGAUUUUUCGACCAAUAUUCUGUAUUCUGCGUGUUUGGAUCGGUUGUAGGAUGUGUGGUAGUACCGCUUAUAACCCAGUCCGUAGAAAGUGUUAUUUUCUCGGCUAUCGUGAUCAGCCUGACUGCUACCCAUUUGACUAAGCGUGCUUCUAAAUCAGACAACACCAAUCAGGUAUAUGGUGUGAAGGAGGUCGAGAAAAGAAGCAAUCGGAAAGCGAAAGAUCGUGAUACUCAGAACGGACAAACAAAAAGGAAAAAGAACGUCUCUCAACAAGUUAUGAUCACAAGAUCUUCAGAUACUCGCAAGAGACGAGAGGUUGAUCUCGAGAAACUCGAACUGGCAAGACAGCAAGAAUUGGACCGAAAACAAGAAGAAAAGAAGGAAAAGAAGAUGAAAAAGAAAGAAGAGAGAAUGAGGAAAAAAGAACAGGAAAAAGAGGAAAAAGAGAGAGAAGAUCAAAAACUUAAAAAGCUCAAAGAAGAGAGAUUAAAAGAAAACUUACGACAGCAAGAAAAGAUUGCAUCACAGAAGCAAGAAGCUCACAAAUCGCGAACAAGCACAUCUAAAAUUUCUAAAAAGUCUGAAAGUUUAACACUUAAACCCAUGUUUCAACCUGUGACUCCUACAAUAUUAACAGUGGAUGCACUGUCACGGGAGAGGACCAAGUCGGACAGUAGUGACACAUGCCCUAGCCCACCCCUGUCAGUAUGGAAAGUACCAGAAUAUGUAGAACCCAAAUGGAAUCCAGGAAGUGCUGAAAAACUAUCAAAUUCAAGCAACACCAAGUUGAAUAAUGACAUUGUUUGUAAGAAGUCCAAAGUAACAGCACCUUUCAACCAGCUUUACAACCCUGUUCACAGCAACCAGUCGUUUUGUAAAAAUCAUUACAUGAACCAGGAAAAGGAAAGCUGUUUAGUGGAACCAACCACAGGCACGUCGUACACACUACUCAAGGACAUGGAUAAACCAGACAACCGGCAACAUAUCCAAGGAGAUUCUUACUCGAGCUUCUCGGGGCUCCCAGAUAUUCUCUCGCAGCUAAAACAAGGGCAAAGAGAAGACCUCCAGGUCAGAUCUUACUCACUCUUUGGGUCUGAUCAACCAGACAGCUCAGUGUUUAGGUCACCCUUGACUGGGCUUUAAGCACAUUAUAUACUAACAACAUAAACUUAUAUACACUAUCAAAUAAAGUCUACUUGUCUACAGAUAGUUUUGUUUAAGUGAUAAAUAAAGAAAUUAAUAAGAAUAGUUCUUAGGGUUUUGUUUUUUUUCAAAACAUGAGAAAACUUUAAUAAAGUCUAAAUGACUGGAACAUGAAAA